UGCCAUGGGGAUCCACACUAAACAACGGUGGCUCUCGGGAAGCACCAGAGCAAAGGGUCCCCCUUAAAACCAAUGGAGCAAUGCUGUGGGGAUCCCAAUAGCAUGGGCAGGGAGGGCUCGCAGGCAAACUUUGCUCUGCAGCAGGGAGAAGCGAGUGGCUCUUAUCUGAUGGGGGAGCUGGGCUGGGGGCGAGGGAGCCGGGAGCCUGGGCGCGUUGCUGCACCUGGCACUGGGCUGCCUCGAUAAAGAGGUGAUAGCAGAGAUAACGUGGAGCAGCAAUAACGGCCACUAAAGCUUUCAGCGCGAUGGAUAAAAAUCGAUAUGCCAGGCACUUUGAUUUAUAGCCAAAAAUAAUAGGACUUUUAUACCCGGUGAUUGAUUUAUUUGAUGUUAAUCAUUCCGCUUAUCACCUGUAUUAAUAAUCUCCAAUGCUGGUGACGUCACCCCUGGGUGUUCGCUCUGGCGCCGAUCGAUUGGGCUCCGUGCUGGUUAUCCGCCCGGGACGCCAAGGCAAACAUGUACUUUGGGCGCUAAUCUUCCACACUGUCAUAUGCAGAUAGGCUCUAUCAGCUGCAUCUCCAGCAGCAGUUAAUGGAGAAAAUAAUUGUUAUCAAGUUGCUAUGAAUACGCCACAAAUAGAGCUGUGAUGGGAGCGGGGCUGAAUCCGAUUCCAGAGACACCCCAGAGAGUUCAAAGGAGCUGGAGAAGUCAGAUCCUGGAGAAAAACUGCAGGAAAUGGAUGUCUGGAAUGGGCCAGAUGAGCUGGACCAGGUUGUGCAGGAUGGGGAGAGGCAGGUGCGAACCCGCAGGAGCCUCCCCGAGGGCUUCUCCUGGGGACCCUUCCAGGGCAGCAUCCACAGCGAGCUGUCAUCACCCGGGCACAGUGACACGAGCCCGCCUGUGACGCUGGUGCUGGGGGAUGAGAGCUGCUGGCUGUCCCGCCUGCCCCUCGUGCCCGGAGAGACCGAUGCCAAUGCCGUCAUCUACAGGAAGGAUGAAGCCCUGUGGUGCCGGACGACACGAGCCCUGCAGGAGGACGAGGUCUUGUGUGCCUUCGUGUUGGCAGAGCCGCUGGCAAUCCCCAACCACCAUGCAGUGACCAUGGAGGCUGGCGACUCGCCGUACCCCGCUUCACUGCACUCGGACAUCCAGCUGCUGCCACAGCAGGCAGGCAUGGCCACCAUCCUGGCCACGGCCAUGGUCAACAAGGAUGUUUUCCCAUGCAAGGACUGUGGAAUCUGGUACCGGAGCGAGCGCAACCUGCAAGCACACCUGAUGUACUACUGUGCCAGCCGGCAGAGCGCCGGCUCGCCCGCCCUGGAGGAGAAGACCAAGGAGACCUACCCCAAUGAGCGCAUCUGCCCCUUCCCGCAGUGCAAGAAGAGCUGCCCCAGCGCCAGCUCCUUGGAGAUACACAUGCGGAGCCACAGUGGAGAGCGGCCAUUCGUGUGCCUGAUCUGCCUGUCCGCCUUCACCACGAAAGCCAACUGCGAGCGUCACCUCAAAGUGCACACCGACGGCCUGAACGGGGUCUGCCAUAGCUGCGGCUUCAUCUCCACCACGAGGGACAUCCUCUACAGCCACUUGGUCACCAACCACAUGAUCUGCCAGCCGAGCCCCAAGGGAGAGCUGUACUCGCCGGGGACAGCCCUGGCUGCCACCAAACCCCAUGGGCUGAGCCAGACCAACAACGCAUCCCUGCGGAAGUGCAGCCUGCCAACGUUCCUGCCCGAGGGGCUGCCAGCACUGACACAGCCCAUGGUGCUGCACAGCCCCCUGCCCGCCCCACCGCCCGGCCCCGAUGCCGUGCCCCCCAUGGCACCACCCACUUCAUCCCCUAACACGGCUGCUGGCAAGCUCUCACCAGCAGUGCAGCCGCAGAACGGGGAAGGUCCAUCAUCAUUGUCAUCAUCAUCAUCAUCAUCAUCAUCCUCCUCCAGCGAGGCCAUCCGCAUCAAGGUGGAGCCUGCCUGCAGCCCGGUGAGUGAGGCGGAGGUGCCCAAAAGCAGCGGUCCUGGGGAAGGGGUCAGCAGCAGCCCCAGUGCUGCCUCCCAGACCUCAUCCCCACGCAGCCUGCCCUCAGCAAAGGUCAAGUCAGAGCUCGUGAGCCCCACACCGGGCUCCAGCCCGGUGCCCAGCGAGCCGGGGACGGGGACGGGCACGGCCGGCGGCACCAUCUUUGUGCCCCAGUACGUGUUCAGCCACGAAGCCACGGUGGUGCCGCAGGCAUCCGAGAUCCUGGCGAAGAUGUCGGAGCUGGUGCACAGCCGCCUGAAGCAGGGCCACGGCGGCGGCGUGGUGCAACCCGCCGUGUACAGCAGCACACCGGCACCCAAGGGUGCCACGUGCUUCGAGUGCGACAUCACCUUCAACAACAUCAACAACUACUACGUGCACAAGCGCCUCUACUGCUCCAGCCGGCACCUCACCGAGGACAGCGCCGCUGGGGCACACAAGCUCAAAGUGCCCCCCGGAGUACCCAAGGGCCCUCCUACCCUUGGGAUGCUGCUGUCCUUACCGCUGGGCGACGGGCAGGGGACACCAGGAGGGAAUGGGGAUGCCAGCCGGAAUGCCACACCGCCAGCCAUAGUGCCAGAGGUGAAGGUAGAAGAGGGGGGUGUUAAAGCGGGGACCCCCGAUGCGGAGGGCGGGUCGGGGCAGUGCAGCGAGGACAGCCAGAGCCCCAACAGCUCGGCAGGGGAUGAGGGGGACGAGGACCCCAGCAAGACGCUGUGCGAGGCGUGCAACAUCCACUUCAGCCGCCACGAGACCUACAUGGUGCACAAGCGCUUCUACUGCGCCUCGCGCCACGACCCCCCCCUCCGCCGCCCCGCAGCCCCCAAAGUGCCCCUUCCUCCCCAGCCCCUGCGCACCCGCAAGCGCCGCAAGCUCUAUGAGAUCCAUGGAGCCGCUCAUCGCCCCACUGAGCCCUCCCCGGCCCCUGACCCACCGCCACCGGUCCUAGAGCCAGUGGGGGCUGCCCCAUCGCCCCGCUCCAGCCCGGAUGCUGACGGUCCCAUUGACCUGAGCAAGAAGCCGCGGUGGCAGAGCGAACCAGCGCCCACAGCGCUGAUGCCUUUGGCUGACUACCAUGAGUGCACCGCGUGCCGCAUCAGCUUUAACAGCCUUGACAGCUACCUGGCGCACAAGAAGUACCAGUGUCCGGCCACCCCGCUGCAGCCCCGCACUCUCGAGCACCUCCAGAAGAUGAAGGGGGCCAUGCCUGUCCCCAUCAAGGGUCAGCACAGCCCCAGCAGCCCUGGUGAGGGGGACCCCGAAGGGAUGCGGGUGAGGGCAGCUCCAGCGGGGAGUCCCGGCAUCCCCUACCCCAGGGCAGACUCACCACAUCGUUACCCCAAGAGUCUCCUCUCAGUCUUAGGGAUGAAGGGACCCCUCUCUCCUUGUCCCUACUGUCCCAUCAAUGGGACCAUUAAGGGCAAUCUCCUUGAGCACUUCCGUGUUGUCCAUGGGCUCUAUGUGGCCAAGCCAGUGAUGGCCAGGCAGCGGGUCUCUGAUGCCCGGGUCCCCGGUGCCGGCAGGACACCAGACCCCCCGCUGCCCGCAGUGUCCCCCCCGCAUCCUCCUGCCCUCCCUCUCCGCAGGGACAGCUCCAACGGGAGGGACAGUCAAGAUGGCAGCGGCAGCCCCCGCCCCCCCUCCUUGCCCCGGCCCCCCAUUUCCCCUGGAGCCCCCGAUGGGCUGCGGGAAGCCCCCCACAAGCACCCUACUCCCCCCACUUACACGGACAGGGCGGUGCAGACCCCCCCGGCCAAGGCUGCGUCCGUGUCCAACGGCAACCACAGGUACUGUCGCCUCUGCAAUAUCAGGUUCAGCAGCCUCUCCACCUUCAUUGCCCAUAAAAAGUAUUACUGCUCCUCUCACGCUGCUGAGCACAUCAAGUAAAGCCCUCCUCCCCGUCCCCCCCCCAUUUACCAUCAUCACCAUUCAGGGGGGCUGCAAGGGUUGGGGGACCAGGGACCGAUGCCCAGCACCUCCCUCUCGCAGGGCUCAGGGUGAUCAGGACCCCCGGGAGGCUCCGCUGGGGCUGCUUCAGCAUCCAGAGGUCCCUCCUGUAUCCCUACACGUCAUCCCAGGUUGGGGAUCCUGCGCAUCCUGGGUCAAGGACCCCAUGGAGAGAGUGUGGUGCUGGCAGGGGUCCGGUCCCCCCCUCCAGCACAUGGUGCAUGCAGUGCCCAUAUCUGUGUCCCUGCUGCAGCCUAGGCUGAUGCUGCGGGGAAACUCAAGCUUAAGGUGCAUGGCCUUGUCCUAGCCAGGGGGCUCUGCCCCCAAAUAGACACUACAGGGGUGGGAAAGGGGAUAAAGCGUGGCUGGGGUUGGCCCAGGGCACACUAAGAAGUGUGUGGGUGCCCCCACCACAAACCAGACCCUGUAAUGAGACAGCACUAGAGGCAAGAUGAAGCUAUACUGGGAAUAUCCGUGUGUAUAAGUGUGUAUAGAAAUAAAUAUGUCUUACGAA